ACGAUGACACGACAUGUAAACAAAAUUUUUAAUGGUCUAGAAGAGCGGCAUUAAGCUCUUCUAAUCGCCCAAUAGGGUAAAAACAAUAAUAAAACUUAAGUGGGUACUGGAGUGUAAUUAAUUUCUCGUUUUCUUAUCGACUUCAAGAAUCUUGAAUCAAGAUAAAGUGUAAUAUUUAACUCGACACACCUCCCAGCUGAUGGUAAGUUUUCAAUCUCUCUUUGGGUUUGAUGUUUGUUUUCAUAUUCUUGUUGUUAAUUUAAUUGUUUAUAUUGUUAAUUUAAUUUCUUUUGGGCCAAUUUGAGUGAUUAAGAUUCGUACAAUGUCAGAUAGAGCCUAUUUUCCGUUGAACAACAAUUGUAUUCGUGCUUUAACUGAUAAACUGCAAGACCGAAGGAAACAAGGAGCCGUCGAGGUAGAAAAAAUGUGCCGAGAUUUUGCUAUUAAAGGAGAGAAAACUUUGAUCGAGAAAAUGAUUAAAGUUCUCCGAGAACUUGCCGCAUCUUCUAAUCCAAAUACAAGGAAAGGUGGAUUGAUCGGAUUAGCUGCCAUGGCCAUUGGUCUUAGUAAGGAGUCUAAAGGUUACACGAGUGACCUUCUCAGGCCGAUAACCGCUUCCCUGUUUGAUCAAGAUUCUCGGGUCAGGUAUUAUGCUUGCGAGGCUUGUCUCAAUGUGGUCAAAGCUUUACGAGAAGAUUGUCUCGUCUCUUUCCAUGAUCUUUUCGAUGGUCUCUCGAAAAUCUCCGCUGAUCCCGAACUAACGGUUAAACUGGGAGCUGAAUCUCUCGAUAAAGUGGUCAAAGAUAUCGUCAAUGAAAGUAGCUCAUUCGACUUAGAAUGUUUCAUUCCAUUACUCCGCGAAAGAAUGUAUUCAAACAAUCCGUUCGCCAAGCAAUUUGUCGUAUCUUGGAUUGCCUUCCUUCAAGCCUCUCCCAAUUUCGAUGUCACCCAGUAUCUACCUGAUCUGUUGGAGGGACUUUUCCUUAUUUUAUCGGAUCAAAAUAUUGAAAUUCGAUCAAUGACCUCUUCCGUUUUACAGGCAUUUCUCAAUGACAUAAGAGAAACCGAUCGAACCGACAUCUCCGCUUUAGUCAACAUCCUUCUAGUUCAUACUCAUUCAUCUGAAGAGAUCGCUCAAUACACUGCCUUAACUUGGCUCAAAGAGUUCGUCAAUCUCGCCGGGUCCACAUCUCUACUACCUUAUGCCUCAGGGCUAUUAUCGGCUACUCUACCUCGUCUGGCUCAUUUGCCUACAAGCCAGUUGAAAGAUGACCACUCGAAUGCCAGCCUAUCGUCAUCACGAACAUUUAACAUAAAUAUUCGUGAAGUGGCCAAGACAUUAAAUUACUCGUUAAUGCAACUUGUUACCACGGAGGAAAAUGAAAGAUCAGAAAACUCAGUUGACACUAGACCUUCAAGUGACGAAGAAUUGAUUCCAGCUCAAUCAUCGCCAUCUUUUAAUUACUCAUCAAUAGUCGAAGUGUUGACAUGUGAGCUUCAAGACAAUCCAUCGACUACCGUUAAACUUGCCUGUCUCGAUUGGUUCCAACAUCUAUUGACCAAAUUCCCAGAGAAAAUUUUACCUCUAGUUGAAAAUGAUAUUCUACCUGUUCUGGUGAAAACAUUACUCGAACCAAGUGAUUCCGUUGUACUCCAUGUUUUAGAUGUUCUUUCAACGAUCUUCCGUUGUAAUGGUCAAUCUUCCAAUGCAACAUCGCUUCAGGCAUCGAUAGAUGGUAAUGGAUUCGAUGGGUUUUUCGGUCAAUUUAUGGACCUACUUCUUCAACUUUUCGCAACCAAUAUAACAUUUCUUGGAGGUCGAGGAUCAGGAAUCAUCAGUAACCUUUGUCUUAAAAUGAAUCCCGAAGAUAUUUUCAGAUCACUUUCAGAAGCGCUGAUUAACCAUGAAGAUAUUUUCUUUGCAUAUAAAAUGGUUCAAACUCUCAAUUUAAUUCUGUUAACUUCAAAGGAAUUAAAUGAACUACGAUCACAAUUAAGAGAUUUACGAACUGAUGAAAGUUGUUCACUUUUCUGUUGCCUUUACCGUACUUGGUGCCACAGUCCCGUCGCAACCAUAUCACUUUGUCUAUUAACUCGUAAUUAUAAACAUGCUCGAGAUUUAAUCUCAAUUUUUGGUGAUCUUGAAGUAACUGUUCAGUUUCUCACCGAAAUUGAUCAAUUAGUCCAACUAAUUGAAUCUCCAAUUUUCGCAUAUUUAAGAUUGGAGUUACUGAACCGACAAAAUGAAGAUUUAGUGAAAACUCUGUAUGGAUUAUUGAUGCUUCUUCCCCAAUCAGAGACUUUUCACCUUCUCAGAAAACGACUACAGUGUGUCCCCAAUUUCAAGAUUUUCUCACCUGAUGGUUCAUUCAGAUCAACGGAGCCUCCAACUCAACCUAACAUGGACUUUGCUGAAUUGACCAGACACUUUUUAAAGAUUCAAGAGAAACACAAAAAUCUUAAACAGACCAAAGCAUUAGAAAGAUUUACCCAUUAAUUGUUUCAUGUAAAUUAUGAAAGUUUUUUAGAAAAAUGGAACCGCUAGGAAACAAAUUGUUCAAAUUUUAAUUGCUGGUUCAAUUAAUCAAUUGCCUUAAAAUUAAUUUUACUGCACUUGCCAUUCCUGAUGUAUUGUUGUUUUCCCAAUUGAAUCAAAUUCAAUUGUAAAUCUUGUCACCGUUUGAAAACGAGUCUAAAUUACAAAGAUCAAUUGGAUCUAUUUUUAAUUAUUUUCAUCUACUACCAUGAAUUGCAAUAAUCAAGCAUUCAUUUUAUCUUGAUCAUUAUGAUACACAAUAAUAAUUAACAAGAAAACAAGAAAAUGAA